GGGCGCUCUUCGGUGGGUGGGACAAACGAGCGCAGUAGAAAAAGGGGAUGCUGCAGCCCCGUCCCCCUCAGAUCGCACUCCACCCAGCCCCAGAAUAAAAAAAAAAAACCCGCCGGUGACGUGCGCGCAGGGAAGCACCCAGCAGUAUGUGCGCGCCCACGGGAGGGGCCGACAGAAAAUGGCGAGUCUGUGCAAAAGGCAGCAAUGCACGGUAGAGCGGCGCGGCUUUCGGCAGGAACUUGACUCUUGGAGGCACAAACUCAUUCACUGUGUAGGCUUUGAAAGCAUCUUGGAAGGCUUGUUUGGGCCGGGACUAGUCAACGACUUCACUCUUUUCCAAGACUGCGAGCCCGAGGAAGUGUCCGACUGGUCCUUCGAUGACAACUGCCUCUUCUGCUGCUUGAGACGUGAGAAAGUCAAGGAGCGCGGCGCGGAGAAGGGUGGAGGCAGCCAGGUGCUGACGGAGCGGUCUCGGAUCAGCCGGCUGGAGAGACAGGCCCAAGACUUCCUCAAUGCUGUGUUCCACAAGAAAGACCUCCCAAGUUUCUCAGAACCUCACAUUCCUCUAGUGGCUCGUGAGAUCAUGCAGCGAAUGAUCCGCCAGUUCGCUGCAGAAUAUACCUCAAAAACUACUCAGGACGCCUCGCCCGCGCCCAACGGCGCCAUGAAGGACCAAAGCCUGCCGAGAGCGGCGUCUCUGGCCGCGCCCCCGUGCUCCCCUCCAGGCCCCACACCAAGCUCCCCCAGAUCGUCGGCCUCCUCCUCCUCCUCCUCCUCCUCCUCCUCGUCCCCCCCCCUGUCCCCCAUCACAGGGCCCAGCCUAAGCCCCGCCUCCGCCAUCAAGAGCAUCAGCGGCGUGAGAGCCAGUAACGGUGAAAGAGGAGGGGGGGGCACGGCCGCCGCUUCUGCACAGAACCCCGUCCUCAGCAAGCUCCUCAUGAACGACCAGGACGGCCCGCUGGACCUCUCGCUGAAAAAGAGCGAGAUGGACGCGGACCCCAGUCAGCAGGACGGCGUCCUGGACCUCUCCACCAAGAAGAACAGCAGCAGCGCAGCCAAGCCCAAAACCUCCUCCGCCGAGCCGGGGGCCAAAAGACAUUCUAUCAAAGUGGAAGACACCCCUCCCGAGGAGGACGAAGGCGUCCUGCUGCAGAGAAGCCCUCGGGAUAGACUGCGGGAGACCUACGUCAACUCCACCUCCUACAAGCCGCCGAUGGCCCGCUCGCUGCGCAUCAAGGAGGAGCUCCUCAGCCAGAAGCAGCGCCUCCUGAGCCAGCCCACCGCGCUCUCAUUGGCCAACCUGGAGUCAGCCGGCCUGCUCAGCCACGUGCAGUCCUUCGCCUCGCUCGGCCAGAAGGGCUCGUCCUCCUUCUGGGGAAGCAAGGCCCACCUGGAGAGCCUGGUGAAGCUGAAGCAGGCCAGCGGCGCGCUGAGCGGCGCCCUCAGUGACCUCAAAGACCUGCCGGCGUUCCUGGAGAAUCACCACAACCACCACGGAGCCUUUUCCUUCAAAAGUUCUGUCCACCAUCACCACAACAAUCAGGCCUCCAAGGCCCAACACCACCACGGCGACGGCAAGCGGGACCAGGGUCACUCCCCUCCGGUGGACCUGAAGAUCCCCCAGGUGCGGGGCAUGGAUCUGUCCUGGGACUCCCACGGCGCCGAGCUGUACGGCUACGGCGCGGCGGGGGUCGGAGGCGGCGUCCACGGGGAGAACAUCCUAAGCCGGAAGCUGAGGGCCAUCCUGCCCAAGCAGAACCGCCGCGGGGGAAGCCUGGGAAGCCUGCUGGACGGUGCGGCCGACUACUGGAGCUCCGACCUGGACCACGGCGGCUCCGGCCCGGCGUACUCCACCUCCGACGCCGAGGGCGACCCGAACUCCAAGCAGCCGAGGAAGAAGAGGGGCCGCUACCGGCAGUACAACACCGACAUCCUGGAGGAGGCCAUCACGGUGGUGAUGAGCGGCAAGAUGAGCGUGUCCAAGGCCCAGAACAUGUACGGGAUCCCGCACAGCACCCUGGAGUACAAGGUCAAGGAGCGCCUGGGAACCCUGAAGAACCCCCCGAAGAAGAAGCUCAAGCUGAUGAUGAAGACGGAGGCGGGGGGCUCGGAUUUUGCCCUCGCGGAAUCAGAGAGCGCGGCCGGCGCCACGCCGCGGGACGCCGCCCCGCCGGCGGCCGGCGCCGAGCGGGGCGGCGUGAAGGAGGAGGUCGACGACCAUUUCAAACCCAUCGACUAAACCGCGCGCACAUGUGGACCUCAGUCAUGUGACUUAAGUCAAAACCGGACGGGGCUUUAUUUGUCUGGGCGAGCACAAACGCAGGGGGCGACGUGAGGAGGCGUCUCGCACGCUUUCACAUCCUUAACAGACGCAGCUACAGACAUCCGUUAAAUGACCAUUCAUGACAUUUCCCAUAAGCAUGCUGAUAAUCCCGAGCCCCCAAAAAGCCCAAUACACCCCCCCCCCUUUCUUAACUUGAUAAGCUGAUGCUGAUGAAUGCAGUUUGGACCACUCCAAUUUGGGGAGACGAACGAGGGGAAGAUGAAAACUAAUCAAUCCUUUAACUGCUCCCCCACCAUUGGUACCCCCCCCCCAACCCCCCCCUGAAUCAAAAGCCACUCUCUUAUUGCCAGGUAGCCGUGACGCUUUAACCACAAACCUUUUCCUCUCCUCAAGACGCUGUGUUGUCCCCUGUCCCCAGUGGACAAAGGACCGAGGAGAGACACACGAGUCAUUCAGGGAUGCAUGUCAUGUUUCGUGGACACUACUGAGUUCCAUCGUUUUAUCUCUUUACCUUUUUAUCACUUGGUUUGCUUUCUUUUGCACUACACUUCGGUUCUGGCGCCUGCAGACCAGGUUACCUCGGCAUCGUUGCCCUCGCAUCAUGCACUUAUUAUGGUCUGUCUCGGCCGCGACGGGUCAGAGGUGCAAGUCGCCUGCGUGCGCUGAUCCACGAUCAGAGAACUCUAAAACCCUCCUUUUCUUUUUUUUGGGGUUUUUUUUUUUCGUUUUGCCAAGAGAGAGCCGGAUCAACGUGAUCGUGGAUCAGCUGCUGCGUCGGCGCCUCCCUGCUGAUCCUGGAGCGCCUUCGCUCAAAGCGAGCUCACCCCCCCCCCCCCCCCUGGACGGAGGCCUUUCAGGGUCAGAAUGUGAAGCUCUGCUGAGAUCCACUCUGUUACCAAGCUCCGGUUCGAGGCUCCAGCUUCAGCCUUUUGCUUUCAACGCGUUGCUCGUGUUCCUUUAGUUUUGUUUUUCUGACGAACCUGAAAGCAACGAUUCGCCCUCAAACCUCAAAGACAGUUUUAAUGGCCGUUAAUUACAGCGAUGUGCAUUUACAGAGGGGGGUCCGUUCUGGGGAUGGUGGGAGGGGCAUAUGCAGUGGGGCGGGGUAGUUAAUAGAAGCGAGGGAAAAGUAGAUUUAAUAUAUUAUAAAUUAUUAUGAAGGUUGAUUUCAAAGCCAAUCCGUGAUUCGGGACGAUUUUCUUUCCUCCUCAUCUUUAACUCAGGGUCACUGAGGCGGACGAUUUCAAAUGUGGUCGUUUCCUGUUGGACCUAUAAGCAGACAGGCAGGAGGACGAGACACGCCUCUCACUCUCCUGGUAGGCGGGGCCACGCGGGUCAACAUGAGACACCUGCCCACCAAUCAGGACGAAAAGGACAGAACCUUCGACUCGGUCGAACUUCUACAAACGGCACUUUUCAAAAGUAAGCAAAAACCCGAGAGAGGAAGAGAUCCGACGGACAGUUAUGCACGUAGUGUAGCUCUUUGCUGGGGGGGGGGGGGGGCGGGGGGGUGGAGGAAGAAAUAAAGCUUUAGUGUGAAGGCUGCAGCUCGGACCCAAACCAGUCGAUUACCUCCAAGACAACAAACAAACAAACAAACAAACAAACAAAACUCAGAAAGAGGAGAGAAGAAACGCUCGUUCUGUGUAGUGUACAAGUCUCGGUGUUUUAACCCCCCCCUGACCGACCCCCCCUCACCCCUCCCCACGACGCACCCGGGACGGAUAAGCCAUGGUCCCAUUGGGGGGGGGGGGGGGGGCGUUAAACCCUCCCAGGACCCCGGUGGAAAGAAAAAAAGAAAAAGAUGGAAGGAGAAGUGAAAUCUUUUUGGUUGUUUUUUUUGUGCGUUGUGCUCAUUGUUGUUAAAGCGCCUGCUGCCCCCCCCCCCCAGCCUGAGAGAACUGUACCUCUGACACGGCCACAACGACCACGACGACCAUGAUGACGAUGAUGAUGAUGAUGAUACUUUUCUAGAUGUAUUGUACAUUCUUAUUUAUUUGAUUUUUCACUUUUUUUUUUCUUAAAUCAUUCUCUUUAAAAAAAAAAUGACAUGCACCACUUCCUGGGCUGAUCUUGGGCUCUGGUCAUUUGAAUAUUAUCAAUUAAACGAUUUGAACACAAUCACAUUCUAAAUUAUGACCUAAUUAGAAUUAGAAUAAUUGACUCCCUGUUGCAUACAAUCUUAAUUUCCCCUUCCUGUGGUGAUUGGUUAUCCACGCUAAGCUCAGCAGCGCCCUCGGCUUGAUUGGCGGGUGUGCAGAAGACUCCACCCACCCCCCAACUACAUGUCCCGGGGAGACGGGGUGGGGGGGGGUUCAUCACGCAUUAAAUGCGUCCAACACUUUGACAAUGCCGAGCAUUUGAAGUGUCUAAAAGGUGGCGGUGACGUGAGCACUUAAAGGCACAGUAGCUGCUAACGUGCCACAAAAACCACGUGGGCUCGUGUGUGUGUGUGUGUGUGUGUGUGUGUGUGUGUGUGUGUGUGUGUGUGAUUGGCACUUAAUGCACAGGUUUGCAUGGAUGAACUCUAACAGCACUUAAGACAGAACCCCCCCUGAGAGGGGGGAUUCCUGCAGGGCCAAACGCCCCAUCGUCAGCCCGCUCCUACCUGCUGAGGUGCAUGUCAUUUAAAGGUGUAUUUAUUUCAUUUUGUAUUGUUUAUGGUCAUGUGGUUAACGGCUCCCCCUGUCCGAGAAAGUCCUCCUUCUUGCAACUGAUUCUCCAAAAAAAACCUCACAAAACACGAUAGACUCAAGAAAAGCGUAUAAAUAUCUAUUUAUAUACAGAUAUAUUACAAAUACUCACAUAUUGAAUGUACUGAAAUGAAACGAGGAUCAGCUGUCGGCUCAUUUUCAACAGACUCUUUUUAGUUUCUUUUUUUUUCUCACUUUUUUCUUUUUAGUUUCACUUUUAAGUUGGACUUUUCGACGCUGCUUGCAUUGAAAAUGCGUGCGACAGUAGCCUUCAGUACUGUAAAUGUCUCAGGAUCGAGCCGAAGGGGUGGGGGGGG